AUGGAACACACCCAAGCAUCGCCAUUUCUCAAGCCCGUAAUCACGCCCAAGCGCAAAGCCCAGAUCUCGACAGCACCAGCCGCUUCUUCUCAGUCGGUACAACAAAGGCAGAUUGAGGAGAGAAGUGAACUGGCGCAGGCAAUUCAACGAAGUCCAGACUGGAGCAAUGGAAGCCUGCAGCCUGCUGGGCUGUUCAGUCGUGCAGCCACUCGAGGCAGUUUCUCACUUGGAAGCAUAUUGAAUGCUUCAGAAUCGACCACUUCAGAGGCACAGCAAGAAGAGUCGCGGAUCCCUGCAGAUGAUCCAAUUCAACUUGGUCUCCUCAAUUCUUCCAUCGCCUCGUCUCUGUUCGAAAAUUUCAUGGAAUCUCUCAAUCCAUACAUAAGCCAAUUGGACCCGUACCUGCACACCUUCAGCCAGAUCCGACAGGAGUCUUCAUUCCUUCUUACGGCAAUCCUAUCCGCAGCCGCAAAGGCAUUCAAUCCUGCUCUAUACAAGAGACUCCGCGACCAUGCAGAAGGUAUCCUUGCCUCUACGUUCAGAAAAGGAACCAAAUCAGUUGAGACUGCCCAAGCGGUGAUGAUCUUGACCUAUUGGAAAGAGUCUGAAGACACACGUGCCUGGAUGCUCCUGGGAUACGUGAUCAGGAUGGGCAUGGAAUUGGGCUGGCAUCGGCUGGCUCCUUAUUCGCCGCAAUCAAACGCGGCCAUGGACUUGGAGCGACAUCAAGCCAGGAACAUCGAGAGAACCUGGCUGAUUCUCUUUGUUUACGAUCGAAGCAUGAGCUUACAAACUGGAAAGCCGUGGAUGAUUGAACGAAGUGAGUUCAUCGAGUCUAUUGAGCCAUGGUGUAAAGAUGCAAUGGCUACUCCUGGUGAUUGCCUGCUUGGUGCGCUAGUAACACUACGACUGUUGAGUUCAGAGGUUUUCAGGCUACUAGGACCGAGGUCAAGUCGAGUUCACGCCAGACAACUACACAGUCUCGAGUCUCUCCUUGCAAUUAUCAAGAGCAGAAUCGAUGAGUGGGAGUCGAGGUGGCUCAGGGUCGCAGAUACAGGUAUGCCUAAACCCCAAGCCGUGAAAGACAUCUUAGCACAGUCGGAUCCAAACAUGACCUACCAUAUGGAGGCUCUCUGGCUCAUGUUAUCUACGUCCCAUUCCAUCGCCGGCCAAAUUCAACCAGCCAUUCAAAGUGCAAUCUCGGGUGCAGCCUUGGUUUUCUCCCAGCAAGCUGCGCCGCCGGGCUCGAGUUGCGCACUUCAGUCAAGGUUUCUCGACAACAUCUUGGCUAGAAUCUCCAAGCCCUCAGCCGAGGCGUCGACGGUAACAGAUCUUCCUGAGCAUCGUGACCAGCUUCGGGCUGGCGAGCGGGACACGACACGCGAGAUCGGGUAUGCCGCAACCUCAGGUCGAGCUUUCGGCCAGGCGGAAGGCGCACUGAGUUUGGAUUUUGCAGAUGAUGAGACCUGGGUUGGACUCAUGGCUGAAGCUGGUUUCAAUACUCAAGAUGGUGUAUUUUUUGCUUGA